UUGAUGAAGAUAGAUGGAAGGUGGUAUCAUAAUCAUCACAAUAAACAACACCUAUGUUGCUCGAACUCUUCUAAAAUGUCAUCGAGUGUGUGUCGAUCUUUCAAUAGUGCAUUUUUGGAGAGUCCGAGCAACUUAGAACAGCAUCUUGCUGUAUAACAUCACAUUGCUAAUGUGAAGCAAAAUCUAAUUAGUUAAGUAGUUAUAGUGCAUGGCAUUGUUCAUGAAAAUUGCUGAUGUUAGAUAAGCUAAGUUAAGUGGAUGAAUCAAUCAGUUCUACAGAGUUUUACCAAGUUUUUUUUUGGUAACAUAAUCUGUCAACCUUACACAACUUUUAUCUAUAAAAGUAGAUCCCUCAACUCUAAUAUCUUUCACAAACAAACACUUACUUCCAUUUCUAUUAAUACUCGAAUCGAGUUUUAGUAAAAAAAAAAGAAAAAGAAAUGAAGCCCUUCAACCCUUUAAGUUCUUUAUGUUUUGUAUGCAUUUUGCUUCUCUUUGCAAAUGCAGAGUCUGCGAAAACUCAUUACCAUGAUUUUGUGGUUCAAGCAACACUAGUAAAGAGGCUGUGUGAAAUCCACAACAUCAUAACGGUGAAUGGGAAAUUCCCUGGACCGACAUUGGAAGUAAACAACGGGGAUACUCUGGUGGUUAACGUUGUGAAUAGAGCUCGAUAUAAUGUUACUAUUCACUGGCAUGGUGUUAGGCAAAUGAGAACAGGAUGGGCAGAUGGACCAGAAUUUAUCACUCAGUGCCCGAUUAGACCAGGAAAGAGUUACACUUACCGGUUUACUAUUCAAGGACAAGAAGGGACUCUUUGGUGGCACGCCCACAGCUCGUGGCUUAGGGCUACUGUUUAUGGAGCUUUAAUUAUCAAUCCAAAAGAAGGAGUAAUCUAUCCAUUUCCAAAGCCCAAAAGAGAAACACCAAUUCUGCUCGGUGAGUGGUGGAAUACGAACCCUAUUGACGUUGUAAGACAAGCAACAAGAACAGGAGCAGCUCCUAAUAUAUCUGAUGCAUACACCAUCAAUUCUCAACCAGGUGACCUCUACAAGUGUUCUAGUCAAGAUACCGCCAUAGUUCAUAUGGACUCUGGUGAAAUCAACCUCCUUCGAGUUAUCAACGCUGCCCUGAACCAGCAGCUUUUCUUUGCUGUGGCCAAUCACAAACUUACUGUCGUUGGAGCAGAUGCCACUUAUGUUAAACCCUUCACAACAUCAGUCCUUAUGCUCGGACCAGGCCAGACAACUGAUGUCCUGAUCAAAGCUGAUCAACAACCCGCUCGAUAUUACAUGGCAGCACGUGCCUAUGCUAGUGCUCAAGACGCCCCUUUUGAUGAUACCACAACCACAGCCAUCCUCGAGUACAACACAGCUUCUUGUUCUACGAAUUGUGUCAAGACCAAACCGGUUUUCCCAUCUUUACCAGCAUAUAAUGACACAUCCACUGCCACAACUUUCUCAACCAAAUUCAGAAGCCCAAGAAGGGUCGAGGUUCCCAAGGAAAUCGAUGAAAAUCUGUUCUUCACAGUUGGGCUGGGACUCGAGAACUGCCCAAGAGGUGCACCCUCCAGUUACUGUCAAGGUCCAAGUGGAACUCGAUUCACUGCGAGUAUGAACAAUGUAUCUUUUACGCUACCAUCCAAUAAUUCCCUGCUACAAGCACAUUACCAAGGCAUAUCUGGUGUUUUCUCAACUGAUUUCCCAGCUGUACCACCUGUAAAAUUUGAUUAUACUGGAAACGUAAGCGGGUCUUUAUGGCAACCUAUUCGAGGAACUAAGCUGUACAAACUGAAAUAUGGAGCAAAAGUGCAAGUUGUGUUACAGGGGACUAGUAUCUUUUCAGCUGAAAACCAUCCAAUGCAUCUUCACGGAUAUGAUUUCUACAUCAUUGCAGAAGGUUUCGGUAACUUCAAUCCAAAAACAGACACAUUUAAAUUCAACCUUAUUGAUCCACCUCUUAGAAAUACAGCAAGUGUACCCGUUAACGGAUGGACAGUCAUUAGAUUUAUCGCGAACAAUCCAGGAGUGUGGCUAAUGCACUGUCAUUUGGAUGUUCACAUUACAUGGGGUUUAGCCAUGGCGUUCCUCGUGGAAAACGGAGUUUGUGAAUCAGAAUCAUUGGAACCUCCUCCACUAGAUUUGCCUGUCUGUUGACGACUGCGAAAAGCAGCACAAAAGAAGUUCACCUUUUGCAUUUUGAUAGAUAGUGUUCAAGAGGCGGAUAAUCAAUCCGCGUUCAAGCCCAGAAUACCCCCAAAUUACAUCAAUUGUAUUGUAAUUUAGUUCAUAUACCAAAAAAACGUAUUCAGCACUCAUAGCGGAGGUAAGAUUUUGAGUUUAUAGGUUUUGAAUCCUAGAAAACACAUCUUAAUAGGUUUUUCCAUAAAUCAAUAGUUAUACAUAUUAUACAUCUUGUUUGGAUGGUUACGUGUUCUACUGUAUUGUAAGUUUAAAUACAAUAUUUGGUUUGCUUGUUA